GCUAUAAGCACCUCCGACCACACAUCCCCUUUCCUCACUCUCCGCAUACAGUGUCUGCGCGAGACGAGCGGCCGACGCACGCGCCGUCGCCUCGCCUCCUUCCAGAUCCGCGGCGAGCCGGGAACGAGGAAAACGGAAGGAUGGGAUCAAAAUUUAAUGCAUUGUGGAAAAAUGAGUUACUUGCCCUGGGCCAAGAUGAUAAAGAUAAAGCAAUCACAGUAAGAAAUGAUUAUCCGAAGCCCCCUAUCCCUUGUUUUGAAGUUACUGAGGGUUUUGAUUUGGAAAAGGUUGAGGAGCUUAUGCUAGAAAGGGAGAUUAAGAUCGCCAAGUCCAUGGCAAAUGACAUAAUCAUCCCAGACCCUGCUCCCAAGUUUGUGGGUGAUGCCUUCUUGGACAUAUAUGCCAAAUUGGAGCACAUCCUUGUAAAGGAUAGUGUCCGGUGCUUCCUCCGAUUUUUCGAGAACUGUGAAGGCCAGGGCAUGUCAUCUUAUCUUACCAUCACCGCACAAACCUUAACCUUCAUUGUCGGUUUCAAUGCCCUGCGAUGUGCAAAAGUCGUAUUGGAGGGCAUGGCACCUGAGCUCUAUGGGAUGCACGCCAAUCCCAACUGCAUAAACAAAUAUGGAUACUUCGUGCUCCAUGAAGCUGCUGAAAGGUUCUCUGUUGACAUGAUCAAGCUGCUUUUAUGCCAUGGUGCAUCAGCCAAUGUGCGCACAGUUGGCAAUGAUGUCAUUGAGAAUCUACUCCCGCUCCAUGUCGCAGUUGAGAAUACUUGCCUGCAUAAGUAUCUGGAGGACAAUCUGGAGGACAAUCCUUCUCGCAGCCAGAAUCAUGAGGAUUAUGUCUACAAGCUUAUUCAUCUGCUGUGUCUACCUGAAAUGAAGAUCUUCUUGGACACAAUUAGACUGCUUGCAGAGAAAACAAAUAAUCUACUCGAAGAGCUCUGGAAUUAUAUUGAGGAUGGAAAAAUUAUCCAGUCUGCUGUUCUACUACUGGCUGCUCAAGAGCAGAUCCGUGGGGUUAGUUCUUCCAAGAUAAAUGGCAGUAGUAAGAAAAAUGGGUUUGAAAUCAUCGAGAAGUGUAUAACGAGGCAUUCAUAUGCCUUGAGAAACGAGAAAGGUUCACUUGGAAUGGCACAGGAGCUUCUGGAGGAAAGGAAGACGCUUAACGAUUGUGCAUGGCUGCUUGUUGAUGUAAUUUCCCAUGCCGGUGAAGAUCUUUCUGCAUACAUUCAAGCGCAUUCUGUGGUGUCCCAUGUGGAGGUCUUUCAACAUGUUUCAUCUAUUCUCAAGGAGUGUGGAUUUUGCCCUACUGGAGAUCUUAUGGACACUAUAAACCUCCAGCCUUAUGACUGCAGAAAGUCAAACGGAGAGUCAUGCAAAGGGCUUACAGAUGCAAACAUGGCAGUUAUGGAAUCAGCCAAGCUGAAUGCUGCAGAGAAGAAGGCUGUGAGAAAGAAAGUAGGCGGAGGAUGGGAUCCCACGUAUACAAAGAGAAGCUUUUUCCCAUAUUGGAGAUCAGUGUUACAAGCUGGGGUUCCUUUGAAGGUGUAUCCAGCCCAUGCAAGCUCAGAUCCUAGGUCUCGUGUUAACCAUGGACAACUCCAUGUCUCUCUGAGUAACUCAAUAGCCAAUGGAUCUACAACAACUCCAAAUCAUAAACUUGGUCGAACCUCGCCACUUACAAGCAAUAAUCAACCCAGAAGGUGCUUUGUCACUGCUGCUACUGGUGCAUCCAGGCUCUUGAAGGUGCUAAAGUAGAGUAGAAAGGAGGCUCAACUGAUGCCUGACUGAGUUAAUUGCACAGAAGUACCAUAAUUCGGGCAUCACAUGCAGAUUGGUACCAUGAUUGCUAAUUUUUGCGUGUCAGUACCAACAUUGGUUUAAGUUUUUUCAAAUUAGGCUAAAAUGCGUAUUUAUAUGUAUUGACGGUGUAUCUGACCGAUGGGGCCCACCCGUCAGGUGCCGACGUGGCAUGUUUUUUUGCAGAAAACCCCCUUAUGUUAUAUGUAAUCACAAAAAUGACCAAAUUUUUUGCGGGAAAAAGGCUGCAGGAGAGGAUUUUUUUUGUUCGCAAUUUCCACCAUCGAAUCUGGACUGGUUUGAAAUUUUCUGCCACUUGAACAAAUAAAUAAAAGGAAAGUAAAAUCAGGCGUUUUCUUUUUCUACCAAACUGUUUUGAUUUUGUUGAUUUCCUUCUGUUCUGGUGAAUUGUGCAGGAGGCUCAACUGAUGCCUGACUGAGUUAAUUGCACAGAAGUACCACAAUUCGGGCAUCACAUGCAGAUUGGUACCAUGAUUGCUAAUUUUUGCGUGUCAGUACGAACACUGGUCUAAGUUUUUGUAAAUUAGGCUAAAAUGCGUAUUUAUAUGUAUUGACGGUGUAUCUGACCGAUGCGGCCCGCCUGUCUGGUGCCGAUGUGGCAUGUUUUUUUGCAGAAAACCCCCUUAUGUUAUAUGUAAUCACAAAAAUGCCCAAAUUUUUUGCGGGAAAAAGGCUGCAGGAGAGGAUUUUCUUUU